CGUGAUGCUCGGCCACAAAAGUCACGAUGCCUUGAUCACUUACCAACGCUUCAGUCUGUCGUCUUUGGAUGCUCCAGAUCUCGCUGCACGAUUUCCAGCCUGAGCACGUCAUCCCUGAGGAAGUGCCGCUUUCAGAAGGACACCACAUUCCGGAGUUUCCUCCCACCCAAAGCCAUCACUAGUCGCCCGAGCAGAUUGGGGCAAGCACAUUCCCAUAUUCGCAGACCCUCUCUCAGCCUGCUCUCACGCAUGACUAGCCCAGGAAACACAUUUCCGUCGACACACAAUGCCCAUACCACCACACGUCCAGGCUCGCCGAGCUGCACUCUCGGCAAUCGCAAAGGAGACCAAGGAUGUGCUCCCGGGAAUCCUCAAGCAGCUCCCGCACCUGGACGCCACCAUGUCGUAUGAGGAGGACCUCCGCGAGACGAAACCCCUCGACCCAGCCGAGUGCCCGGGCUUCACGCUUGCAUCAGAUCGAGGCACCUACGGCACCCUCGUCAAAGUGCUCAACGAGGAUUCGCUCGACGCGGCCAUCAUGAUGGGCGAGUCGCUGUCGCAACAAACCCGGGCCUCAACAACAGCCCCUGGACUUCCGUCUCGGCCUCGGAACCAAAGAGUCGCCGUGCUCAAUCUCGCGUCCGACAAGCAGCCCGGUGGUGGCUGGCUGACGGGUGCCGUGGCGCAGGAGGAGGCGAUAUGCUACCGCAGCUCUCUUGCAUUGUCACUACACAAGCAAUACUAUCCAUGGGCUCCUCUGACGGGAUUGUACACUCGAGACGUGGUGGUCAUCAGGUCAUCCAUGGGCUCGGGUCACCGCUUACUUCUCCCCCGAGGCACUCAAGCAUCCUCCUCAGCACCAUCUGCAACAACGCCAGCUUCGUCACCAUCAGCGACGACAAGUACAACCACACCAUCAGACCUCCCAGUCCUUAGCGUCAUCAGCAUCGCCGGCAUUCGUCGGCCAGAGCUGCGAAAAGUCUACUACGGUGGCCUCGGCAGCACUAUGAAGGAGAAGCACAUGUUUAAGAAGCAGAGCGACCGGCAGCUGACCAAGGACAAAAUGCGCCUGUGCCUGCGCAUCGCCGCCAAUGAGGGCCACGAGCUGCUCGUCUUGGGCGCCAUUGGGUGCGGCGCGUUCCACAACCCGCCCGGCGAGAUUGCCGACUGCUGGGCCGAGGUGCUCGAGGACGCCGAGUUCCAGGGCGGGUGGUUCCGGGAGAUCUGGUUUGCCGUGUUUGAUCGCAAGAACGAAGGCAAUUUCGAGGUGUUUGACAAGGCCCUGGGCGGGAAAGAGGUCGGCAAGGUGGCGAAGACGUGAGGAACUAUAAUGUUUGAGCGGACGAGAUGUCACAAGGGCAUGGGCGAGGUACGGGUAUCGUAAUAAUGCUCCUCCCAGAGAGAUCAGAUCGUGCAGCAAUUGUCCGACUCAGCUAAUGACAACGAUGUGCAUGAUUCAAUCCGCCGCAUUUUGCUUCUGGCG